AUGGAGUCCAGGGUGGAUCAGCCCAACCGAAAUGACGUCGAGCAUGGAACAUCGCCACCCGUGAAAGCUGGCCACCAGCACCCCUCCUUCGCUGCUGCACGCCGAGAGGAUCGGCCAGGAUGGCCAGCAGGCGCAUCUCUCCAGAAGCGACAAUCAACUGAGGCUCAUCGACGAGACCUUGGGCCUAUGCCGAAGAAGAUCUUCGCGGCCCUCCGGCAAGCACGGCGUACAAACUAUAUCCCGGCCGAGGACAACGUGCAAGCCGUCGGGAAGGGAAGAGCUUGUCCGACGAGUUCCGCAGCCCGGACCCCGCAGCAUGCGACACCCGCUCGCACAAGUCCAUCUGCAACGCGGUGCUAG